AUGGCACUGGUAGAUAAAUCGUUGAAGCUGCUGAUAGCUAAACGUGAUAGAAUAUUCGCUCGCAUGCAAACUAUCGCCGAUAAAAUUAAAAACAUUGAUUCGCAAGAUUCCACUAGGGAAUCCUUCCUGUGUGACCUUGAAACAGUAGAUUCUUUGCGUACAGAUUUCGAAAGUGUGUUGGACGACAUUGCCGCCCUCGAGCUUAAACUAAAUCCUGAUUAUGUUGUCAAUUAUCAAGCACUUUCUUCUUUCGAAGACCUUUUAGGCCGUAUAAAGCGAGCAGGGAAAUCACUUAAACACGCGGCAAGUAACUCGCCCCAUUCAAACGCGGCUCGCGGGCUGCCACCGGCCGCCGUUGCCGCGGCCGGGCAGCCAGCCGCUGCUCCCGCCAUUUUUACAGCAGCGCCGCUGCCAUCGAGUGUAGCGACCACUACCCCCGCGCCCGCGCCCCCGCGCGCGGACAUCGCGCUGUGUUCGUUAUCCGAAAAUCAUACCGAGAGUAAACAUCGGGGCCCUACUACGGUGCUCAUUGCUACUGCUCGUGACGCUCCAGUACGCGUUGAUAGUAAGUCGACUGUAUCGUAUUGUUGUACCACGGACCCGUUGGACUCCGCUGUCCGUAAAUUCUGGGAAAUAGAGGAGGUGGAUGUUCCCUCCAUACUAAGCCCGGACGACACAUUGUGUGAGGAGUUUUAUACCCGCACUACCACUCGGGAUAGUGACGGACGUUACGUAGUUGCUUUACCUUUCAAGGGUGAAGUCGAAUCCCUUGGGAACUCGCGUCAAGUAAGUGAACGUCGAUUUUACUGCUUGGAAAGAAAAAUGCAGGCUUCUCCACAAUUGAAGGUCGCGUAUGACAGUGUCAUCUUCGAAUAUUUAGAAAAGGGUUACAUUUCACCUACAGAUUCUGUCUCUUCGGAAGCUUCGUACUUCAUUCCGCAUCAUGGUGUGAUCCGCGAUGACAAGAUCACUACCAAGCUUCGUGUCGUUCUCGAUGGUAGUUGCAAGACUUCUACCCGCGUUUCGCUUAAUGAUCUCUUGUAUGGUGGUCAAAACCUACAAGGGAACUUGUUUAACAUUAUCGUUAAUUUUCGUUUGUUUUUGAUCGCUCUUUCCGCAGAUAUUCGUCAAAUGUUUCUCAGUAUCGGAAUCCGAGAAUCGGAUCGUCGUUUCCAACGCAUUUUGUAUCGUUUUUCGCCGCAAGAACCUUUAAAGGUUUAUGAGUUCAAUCGUGUCGUUUUUGGACUUAAGUCUAGUCCUUUUCAUGCUCUGCGCACUAUAAAGCAGUUGGCGGAGGAUGAGGGUGAUUCUUACCCUCAAGCUAAGGAAAUUGUAGCUACAGGUCUGUAUAUGGACGAUUUUGUCUAUUCCGUUUCCUCGGAAGACCAAGGCAUUUCCACCGCCUCAGAAAUGAUAGGUCUCAUGAAAGCUGGUCAAUUUGAGUUAGUCAAAUGGACCAGUAAUUCUCAAGUUGUACUAGACUCGAUUCCUCCUUCUCAUCGCUUGCCGGCUGUCAAAGAAUUUGAUGAGUCUGACCAACAUAAAGUACUCGGCUUGUGUUGGUCACCUACUUCAGACCAUUUCAGCAUGAAGGUGAAUACUCCAGCUAACCAUUGUACCAAGCGCACAAUACUGUCGUGUGUCGCUAAAAUAUGGGAUGUCAUGGGAUUCGUCGCGCCUGUCGUCCUGUAUGCUAAACUUCUCAUCAAACAGCUCUGGCUGUGCGAUUGUGAUUGGGAUGAUACUCCACCUGAAGAUAUCGUCAGGCUGUGGACUCGCUUUAAAGAAGAGCUACCAGUGCUCAGUCGUAUAAAAAUCCCACGUCACCUAGGUAUUGUCGCCGAUAGUGUCGUCACUAUCUUAGCUUUCGCGGACGCUAGUGAAAAGGCAUAUGGUGGAGUUAUUUACUUCCAUGUUCAAAACAGCGAUGGUAAUACUGUCAACUUGUUAACUGCUAAAUCGAAAGUCUCUCCUAAGAAGGUAGUUUCUCUCGCUCGUCUUGAGCUAUGUGCUAUACUUGUGCUAGCUCAACUCAUAAAAAAUGUCGUUGUCGCUUGUCAAAACCGCGUUGUUAUUCGUAAUAUAUUCGCAUUUUCGGACUCUACGGUCGCACUCUGUUGGGUACAUUCGUCGCCCCAUCGGUGGAACACCUUUGUGGCUAACAGAGUGUCUAAAAUACAUAAUGACUUAUCUCCACAAAAUUUGUAUCACGUGUCCGGUACAGACAAUCCCGCUGAUUGUCUCUCACGCGGACUCACACCUUCUCAAAUUAUUGAUCAUCCGCUUUGGUUUACUGGUCCUCGUUGGGCUCACUUGGAUGUCUCACAGUGGCCUGUCGUUCCCUUCAAUCCCUCUUCCGUGUCCGAAGCACCUGAAGAGAAGAAACAUUCGUUGCUAGCUACACCAAAUGAAAGAUCUCUCAUUCUUUCUUUGGCCGAUCGUAUUUCGUCUUGGAGUAAAUUACUUCGUGUGGUAAUUUACAUUUGUCGUUUUACUAAACUGUUACCUCUUAGAUAUCGCAUGUCAGCGUCGGAUUACGACUUCGCUGAAUUACUCGUUCUUCGCCAACUUCAAACUCAUUAUUUCUCCGCUGAGAUCGUCAGACUCGGGGAAGGCAAGGAUUGUAGUCCUUUUAUUCGACACUUGAAACCGUUCCUCAAAGACGGACUCAUUAGAGUCGGAGGCCGUCUAAGUAACUCUGAUUUGAAUUAUGAUAGGAAGUAUCCCAUCUUGCUUCCAAGUAAGGAUCCAAUUUUAAAUUUGCUUGUCGAAUACCAUCAUAAGGUUAAUUGCCACGCAGGUCCUGAUUUGCUGAUGUCACUCUUACGUCAAAGGUAUUGGAUACUUUCUGCUAGAAACUUAAUUAGAAGUAGAGUACACAAGUGUCUUCCUUGCUUUCGGCUCAGACCAAAGCCAAACUUUCCUGAGAUGGCAGAUCAUCGUUCUUGCCGUGUUGUUCAAUCUGCUAAACCGUUCGUCCACACGGGCACGGAUUAUGCUGGUCCGUUUAAAGUUACCAUGUCUCGUGGUCGAGGUGUUCGUUCCACCAAGGCUUACGUGUGUCUGUUCGUCUGCAUGACUACACGCGCGGUGCACAUAGAACUGGCUGGUGAUCUCAGCACAGCUAGUUUUAUGGACGCUUUUAAACGGUUUCUUUCCAGGCGUGGCCCGGUUAGUAGAAUUUAUUCAGACAACGGGACUAACUACAUAGGCGCUAAACGCAAACUGUCGGAACUUCAUAGAUUUCUUUGCUCGAAACAUCAUAAUACUGAAUUUGGUCAUAUGUUAGCUGAAAAUCGUAUAGAUUGGUCGCUCAAUGUCCCCACUGCCAGUCAUUUCGGCGGCAACUGGGAGGCUAAUAUCAAAAGUUUAAAGUCGCAUUUAUAUCGUACUGUAGGAGAUACUGUUCUUUCGUUUGAAGAAUUAAGUACCGUGCUUACCCAAGUCGAGUCUGUAAUGAAUACGAGACCUUUGUGCAGGACACUCUCUAGUGAUCCUUCGGAACCACUUGCUUUAACUCCAGCACACUUUUUGAAUCUUACGCCUUUAAAAUACUUACCGGCGCAAGAAGUAGAGACAAAAUCUAUCGUGACUAGACACCAGUUGUUAGACAAAUUAGUACAAUCGUUUUGGAAGCGCUGGAGAAAUGGAUACCUUCACACAUUGCAAUCGCGUCGUAAAUGGAACACGCCGGUGGAUCCAGUCGUUGUCGGCACGGUCGUCGUUCUUAAAACUGAUAAUUCCCCUCCACUACACUGGCCUUUGGGUGUCGUUGAGGAGGUUUUCCCUGACUCCACCGGAGUGACUCGUGUCGCUCGGGUAAAGACAGCGACUGGAUCCUACUUGCGUCCCGUCGUGCGUCUAUGCCCGUUGCCCAAUCAAUAA